CUGGUCUACAAGCUAACUUUGCGUCGCUUGCGGGUGCGGCUAGGAGCAGUGGGAAAGAAGCCAGAGGCAGCUCAGGGGGCGACUUGGGGUGUCCUUGGCUGGACCGGGCGCCGGGGAGGCAGAAGAGCUCAUUGUUGUCCUGGGAUCCAGUGGCUAAAGGAGGCCCUGCCAGCGGGCGCGCGCUCAGUCCCUGCUUUGCAAGGGAUCCAACGGCCACCCCGCCAGGCUCCGGUGCCGGGCACCAUGCGGCGGACGGGGCGCCGCGGGCCGCGGGUCCCCGCGCGGGAAAGGGGCGGGCUAGUGGCCGUGCGCCCUGGCGCUGGGCCAGGCUCGGCGUGAGCAGCGGCGCGAGCGGGCGAUGGGCUGACGGAGCCCUGUGGCGGGCGCGGCGGGGACUGGGGUGGCGGCGGGGGCGGGGACGGGGACGGGCGCGCCAGCACCGGCGGGGCGGCUGCGGGCGCCGCGGAGGAGGUGGAGGCGGCGCCGGGCUCCCAGGCCGCCUGGUAGGCCAAGGGCCUGCGCCCGGGACGAAUGGGAAGCUGGUUUCCGUGGACUAGCCUCUUACAACCCGAAGUUCCUCGGCUCCUUUAGAAGAGCAAAAAAAUAAAAGAUGACGGAGGGCCGUCGAUGUCAAGUACAUCUCCUUGAUGACAGGAAGCUGGAGCUCCUAGUACAGCCCAAGCUUUUGGCCAAGGAGCUUCUUGACCUUGUGGCUUCUCAUUUCAACCUGAAGGAAAAGGAAUACUUCGGGAUAGCAUUCACAGAUGAGACGGGACACUUGAACUGGCUUCAACUAGAUCGAAGAGUACUGGAGCACGACUUCCCCAAAAAGUCUGGGCCCGUGGUUCUGUACUUCUGUGUCAGAUUCUAUAUAGAAAGCAUCUCCUACCUGAAGGACAAUGCUACCAUUGAGCUCUUCUUCCUGAAUGCCAAGUCCUGCAUCUACAAGGAGCUUAUUGAUGUUGACAGUGAAGUGGUGUUUGAAUUGGCUUCCUAUAUCUUACAGGAAGCAAAAGGCGAUUUCUCUAGCAAUGAGGUGGUGAGGAGUGACCUAAAAAAGCUGCCAGCCCUUCCUACCCAAGCCCUGAAGGAGCACCCCUCCCUGGCCUACUGUGAGGACAGAGUCAUUGAGUACUACAAGAAGCUGAAUGGCCAGACGAGGGGUCAAGCAAUUGUGAACUACAUGAGUAUCGUGGAGUCUCUCCCAACCUACGGUGUUCACUAUUAUGCAGUAAAGGACAAGCAAGGGAUACCAUGGUGGCUGGGGCUAAGCUACAAAGGAAUUUUCCAGUAUGACUACCACGAUAAAGUGAAACCACGCAAGAUAUUCCAAUGGAGACAGUUGGAGAAUCUGUAUUUCAGGGAGAAGAAGUUUUCCGUGGAAGUUCAUGACCCCCGCAGGGCUUCAGUGACCAGGAGGACUUUUGGGCACAGUGGCAUUGCUGUGCACACGUGGUAUGCAUGCCCCGCGUUAAUCAAGUCCAUUUGGGCGAUGGCGAUUAGCCAGCAUCAGUUCUAUCUGGACAGAAAGCAAAGUAAGUCCAAGAUCCAUGCAGCACGAAGCCUGAGUGAGAUCGCCAUAGACCUCACAGAAACAGGAACGCUGAAGACCUCGAAGCUGGCCAACAUGGGGAGCAAAGGGAAGAUCAUCAGCGGCAGCAGCGGGAGCCUGCUGUCCUCAGGUUCUCAGGAGUCAGAUAGCUCACAGUCGGCCAAGAAAGACAUGCUGGCUGCCUUGAAAUCCAGGCAGGAAGCUCUGGAGGAGACGCUGCGCCAGAGGCUGGCGGAACUGAAGAGACUGUGUCUCCGGGAAGCUGAGCUCACAGGCAAACUGCCUGUUGAAUAUCCCCUGGAUCCAGGAGAGGAACCACCUAUUGUUCGGAGAAGAAUUGGGACAGCCUUCAAGCUAGACGAACAGAAAAUUCUGCCUAAAGGAGAGGAAGCUGAGCUGGAACGUCUGGAACGGGAGUUUGCAAUUCAGUCCCAGAUCACGGAGGCUGCCCGCCGCCUAGCCAGUGACCCCAAUGUCAGCAAAAAACUGAAGAAGCAGAGAAAAACCUCUUAUCUGAACGCACUGAAGAAGCUGCAGGAGAUUGAAAAUGCAAUCAACGAGAACCGCAUCAAGUCAGGGAAGAAACCCACCCAGAGGGCAUCACUAGUCAUAGACGAUGGAAAUAUCGCCAGUGAAGACAGCUCCCUCUCUGAUGCCCUUGUUCUUGAAGAUGAAGACUCUCAGGUUACCAGCACAAUAUCCCCCCUACAGUCUCCACACAAGGGACUUCCUCCUCGGCCACCAUCAUCCUCGCACAACAGGCCUCCUCCCCCACAGUCCCUGGAGGGGCUCAGGCAGAUGCACUAUCACCGCACCGACUAUGACAAGUCACCCUUAAAGCCCAAAAUGUGGAGCGAGUCCUCUCUAGACGAGCCUUAUGAGAAGGUGAAGAAACGCCCCUCCCACAGUCAUUCCAGCAGCCACAAGCGGUUCCCCAGUACAGGAAGCUGCACUGAGGCAGGAGGAAGCAGCUCCUUGCAGAACAGCCCCAUCCGAGGCCUCCCACACUGGAAUUCCCAGUCUAGCAUGCCAUCCACCCCAGACCUGCGUGUCCGGAGUCCCCACUACGUGCAUUCCACAAGGUCGGUAGACAUCAGUCCCACGAGACUGCACAGCCUCGCACUGCACUUUAGGCAUCGGAGCUCCAGCUUGGAGUCCCAGGGCAAGCUCCUGGGCUCAGAGAAUGACACCGGGAGCCCCGACUUCUACACCCCGAGGACUCGUAGCAGCAAUGGCUCGGACCCCAUGGAUGACUGCUCUUCGUGCACCAGCCAUUCGAGCUCAGAGCACUACUAUCCGGCACAGAUGAACGCCAACUACUCAACGCUGGCUGAGGACUCGCCCUCCAAGGCGCGCCAGCGCCAGCGGCAGAGGCAGCGGGCAGCAGGCGCCCUGGGCUCAGCGAGCUCCGGCAGCAUGCCCAACCUAGCAGCACGCAGUGGGGCUGCAGGCGCGGGCGGCAGCGGCGGCGGCGUGUACCUGCACAGCCAGAGCCAGCCGAGCUCGCAGUACCGCAUCAAGGAGUACCCACUGUAUAUUGAGGGCAGUGCCACACCCGUGGUGGUGCGCAGCCUGGAGAGUGACCAGGAGGGCCACUACAGCGUCAAGGCGCAGUUCAAGACCUCCAACUCCUACACAGCUGGCGGCCUGUUCAAAGAGAGCUGGCGCGGGGGUGGCGACGAGGGCGACGCAGGCCGCCUUACACCAUCGCGCUCCCAGAUCCUGCGGACUCCUUCGUUGGGGCGUGACGGCGCCCACGACAAAGGCUCGGGCCGUGCUGCAGUAUCGGACGAGCUGCGCCUGUGGUACCAGCGUUCCACAGCCUCGCACAAGGAGCACAGCCGCCUGUCGCACACCAGCUCCACCUCCUCGGACAGCGGCUCUCAGUACAGCACCUCUUCCCAGAGCACCUUCGUGGCGCACAGCAGGGUCACCAGGAUGCCCCAGAUGUGCAAGGCCACUUCAGCUGCCUUACCUCAGAGCCAGAGGAGCUCAACACCGUCAAGUGAAAUCGGGGCCACCCCACCAAGCAGUCCCCACCACAUCCUGACCUGGCAGACGGGAGAAGCAACAGAAAACUCUCCCAUCAUGGAUGGGUCUGAGUCUCCAACUCACCAAAGUACUGAUGAAUAGAGGAGCUACAGUGAUAGCUGCUUCCUGGAUUCCUCCCUCUAUCCAGAGCUAGCUGAUGUCCAAUGGUACGGGCAGGAAAAAGCCAAGCCCGGGACCCUCGUGUGAGCCAACCCGGCCUCUUCUGAUCGCCGCACGCCAUUUUGAGUCACCUCACUGCCUCUCAGUUGCCUUACCCAGACACACUGUCACCUGCACCAGCUUCGGCCCUUGGCACUUUUUUUCUCCUGUCUCCAUAUCCCCUUCACCCUCAAAAACCUGACUGAGGAGACAUUUUGGAAGGUUCCGAUCCCACUGUGUGUCCCCUGGCUCUCUUACCCAGAGAGCCAGGCAACAAUCCUCACUGGCACCUUGGUGGUUUCCCCUUGCCAUGACAGCUCCAGGCCAGGAACUGUCAGGGAAGCCAGCACAUGCAAUCCUGUGGAAGAGAAGCGUCGGUAGAGAAUGGAAAACAGACUGACCAGUGUGCGGAGACCUUGACACUGCAUCCAGCUGCCACCUUAGGCCAACUGAGCGCUUCAAGAGGAGGAUGUCUCCUGGGGAUAUUCAGUUUACACCUGAAAUGUCCUGUAUUCUGUAACAAGACAGCCUGAAAGAGUACCUACGGGGAAGAGUGAGAAAGAAGACCAGCGCUUCGGAGACGCAUUGGAGGGUCACAAUCGGUUCUAUGCUGCCAAAGAUUCGACACAUUCAACAAUAAACAAAUUGGAGGGGCCAAGAGGAACACACUGUUUCUGCAGUGAAAUUUCUUUUCAGUUCUAAACUGCUUCUAUGCAGCACAAGUGAAAAGUCCACCAUCUGUAAACCAUGUCCAGUCGUGACCCGUCUCCUGUCAGUCCAUUUCUCACUGCCCGAGAGCCUGGAAAUGAACCUAAUGGGACCGUGAAGAGGGAGGAGGCUUGGCUGGCAGGCUCAGAAUCUGGCUGGCUGGACAUGAAGGAGGAGCAGGGCACUGUUAGGACCGCCUGAUACAGGGGCCCCCGCCUAUGUCCCCAAAGCUGCUUUCCUUUUGGGAUUGGUCAGAGCUAAAGGUGACCACUGCCAAAAGUAGUUCUCUCUUGUUAAAACAGCCAGUAAAAGUGUAACCUUUCUUUUUUGUACAAGGCAUUUCGUUUUCUUUUUUAUGGGAAACCAAGGGAAAAAGCACAUUGCAGUCUAUUCAAGUGUUUUACUCUCGUGGCUCACUGUGUUUGUCGACACUUGUGUGACAAAGAACUCAGAUGGACCUCUCCUGUAAGUCACUUAGUCAAAGAACCCAAGUAUGCUCUUAGGUAGGAAGAUUGUUUUUUAAAAUGUGUCUACCAGCCGGCAGGCAGAGCAGAGUUGAAACAACUCAGCUCCCAAAGGGCCCAUUCACCUCCAGCAGUAUCCAUGACCUUGAUUUACCACCUCUAUCCACAGAUACCAAGAGGCAAAAAAAAAAAAGAGAGAAAAAAAGAGAGAAAAAAAAAAGCAUGCGUGCAAGCUGUUCGUUUACAUGUGUUUUGAGCUAUGCUUAACACACAACCAAAAAGCCAUCAAUCUUCAAAGGCCUCAAAAUUUUAUAAUAACUAACCAGUCUUAGUUGGGUUACUCAAGAAGGCACAAAAACCAAAAGAGCUUCCAUGGAGGCAGUACAUGUUAAUAUACGUGGGGCUUGUGGGGGGUCACCUUUGUAAUGAUUUCCUGUGGGAAAGGCAUCCAGGAACAGGAGCCAGGAUGGGAGUACUUCUGUGGGAAAGCAGAUCUAAAAGUUAGCUGUGGCAUCAAAAGAAAAACCUUUUUGUUCAUGUAGAUGAAUCCAAGAACAAUAGACUCCACCAGACCAGGAGGGUAAGAAAUGGACACCAGAAAGGACUAUCCCUGUUGCUAACUCUGCAGUGGUUUGGAAAGCUCUGGAAGCCAAGUGGGAGCAUUUACACCAGGCAGAAGCAUCCAUACCAUGCGGUCUUAGGCCUCCUCUGCCAUUUUUCUAUGGCCCAUUCAAGGCUGGGUACCCCAGAGCUGGGCAUGGCUGGCUUGAUGAUUCAACUUUCAGAAACAGUACUCUUCCUGGACACUUCAAGGGUAACCCUGUAGGAUUGGUGGAAACUGGGUAAUGGUACAAAAUGAAUCUGGGGCUUGACAGAGAUGGGGGCUACCAUUUUUUUGUUUUUUGUUUUUUUUCUCCUAGUAUGAUGAUCAGAUCUGCAAAAGGCAGGUUUAUUCGGGGAUUUUUCCCACCUAUCUUCCCCAAAAGGAAAUGUGACACAUUGGGUUUUUUUUUUUCUUCCAAAAGGAGAUGCCUGAAUAAUUAGACUGAACUAUGGUGCAACAGGAAAAGUCCAAAGGGAAACAACGAACAAGACAAGGUUACAUAGUUACAGGUUAUAACAUAGACCUAUGACAUAGUGUGAAAAUCAGUUCUGAAUUCCGUUGGAUCAAUGAGAGAGGCAGAAAGAAUCUAAAAUGUAAUAAAUUUGGGAGCAGAGAGGAAUUGUAUGGGAGCUGUGAAUACCAUCAGGAUAGUCUGGUAGUAAGGACAGAGAUUAAGUAAAACAGGUUUUACUGUUUAGCUGUGUUCAGUUAAUACAAUGUACAUAAUAAGCAUUAGUCCUUUGAGACUGACAUGAUAAAUGGUCAGUGUGGUGGUGAACUCUAGGUGUUGUAUUCAAGCACCUGCAAACGCUUUACAGAUCCCUAUUUCUUUAAAGGAAGAGGAGCUAUGAAGCCCCCAGUCUGAUCUAAAGCCCCUAUUGGAUUCUUUGGGUACAUGUAAGAAAUUGCCUGUUUCAGCCAGAAGACUAUGUUGUGAGCCAGGUUGGUUUAUUUUGUUAUAUGCAGGUGAGUGUUGAAACUGUUAAAAUCCCAAUUUGUUUUCAUUCAGUAUUAGUUUAGUUCUAAAUAUAGCAAACCUCAUCCAGGUGCUAUCAGAUGACCAAUUACUGCUUAGUUAACUAGGUGUAAAGUUUUACAUAUCCAUUCAUGUCAAUAGUUUAUUACAAGUUGUGUAAAAUGGACUCUAGUUUAAUAAUGGGGGGAAAAGAUUAGGUUGCUCCUGAAACUGACUGUAGAGCAUGUAAAAUGAUUUUACUGGAUUCUGUUCAGCUGUAAUCAAUGAAAACGAUGUAUGUUGUAGACAAAGUUGCAGAAUUAAAAGAGAAAUCUGCUUUUAAUUUAUUCUUUUUGUAUUAAGAAUUUGUAUAGUACCUUUACAUUUUGCAGAACAGUGUUGUCAACACUUAUUAAAGCAUUUUCAAAAUGAAAACA